AAGGGGCUCAGUACUAACUUGACUGCCCUAGAAAUCGGUCGUUCGUCUGCUACGUCUCCCGGCGGCCACCUUAAGAAGAAGUAAAAAAAAGAAAACCCCCCAAAUUAGUCGUUGAUUCAAAUUUAGUUUUUGAUUAGAUUAUAGUUUUCUGGUGUGUGUGUGUGUGUGACGGUCUCAAUUUCGUAAUUGAAUCAAGGCUUUGGCGAAAAAAUUAAUCGAGUGAUAUAAAUCCUACUGGAAGGACACACAACAUCACGUGACGUGUGUGUCUGGUUACAACAGAAUUUUCACAUUGGACAUUGGCAUUGAGGAUUAGACAAAUCAUGUUGGACCAUUGUGGGCAUACCACGUUAUUGAUUACUUUUCUCUUCUUGUUAUGUCUGAAAUCUGGAUUGGCCGGUGAGGUUUGUGCUUCGCAUCAGUUUGAAUGCGCCUCUGGACGAUGCAUUCCCUUCUCGUGGUCGUGUGAUGGCGAAAACGACUGUGAUGACUCAUCAGACGAAAACGAACAUUGCCGUGGGUCAGUCCAUUGCGCCGAUACCGAGUUCCAGUGUUCGUCCGGCUCGCGCUGCAUACCGCUGCGAUGGCAGUGCGACGGAGAAAACGAUUGCGAGGAUCGCAGCGACGAGGACCCGACCAAAUGCGAAAUCAAAAAAUGUACCGAGGAGCAGUUUGCCUGCAAGAACCGGGUCGGUGAAUGUAUCCCGUUGUCGUGGAUCUGUGACAAAAAUGCCGAUUGCUCCGACGGGACGGACGAGGAAGGAUGCAAUGUCAAUUGCACGACGGAUGAAUUCACUUGCGCCAACGGUCGAUGCAUCCAGAAAAGGUGGUUCUGUGACGGACAGGAUGACUGUGGCGAUAAUUCCGAUGAAGGUGACCACUGCCCGGAAGACUCUUGUCCGCCAGACAAUAAUUUCAAUUGCGGUGAUAAUGUCUGUAUUCCCAACAAGAGGAAAUGCGAUGGCUUUGUUGACUGCUCUAACGGAUCGGACGAAGCGGAUUGCCCGUCAUCGGCACUCAAUGGAACGAAUCAGUGUAACGCACAAGAGUUUCAGUGCCUAAACGGAAUUGACUGCAUCCACUCUUCAUGGCAGUGUGACGGGGAUAGCGAUUGCCCAGAUGGAUCCGACGAACGUAAUUGCUCUCCAUCCACCUGCCGACCGGAUCAGUUCCGCUGUGAUGACGGCGAAUGUAUUCCGGGUCAUUUGCAGUGUAGUGGUGCCGCUGAAUGCAACGACACGUCCGACGAAACGUCUUGCAAUGGCACAAUCUCCACGGGCUGUAACCCUGAAAGCGAAUUUGAUUGCGGCGGCGGAAUGUGCAUCGGCCUCGACAAGGUCUGCGACGGAGUCGACGAUUGCGGUCAAUGGCAGGACGAACCCAAAGGCAAAUGCAGCGUUAAUGAGUGCUCCGUUAACAAUGGCGGAUGUAUGCACACUUGCACAGAUACGACUUGGGGAUUCCGGUGUGGGUGUCAUCCUGGUUACACGCUCUCAGACAACUCGACUUGUGUUGAUGUGGACGAGUGCCUGGAGCCAGGAACGUGCUCGCAGACGUGCAUCAAUGAAAAAGGCAGUUUCAAGUGCGAGUGUCUUACUGGUUAUACCCGCGAUCCGCACGACCGAACGCAUUGCAAAGCUAAUGAAGGACAUUCGGCGUUGCUCUUCACCCACGGGACGGAUAUCCGCCGCUUCUCUCUCGACCGUCGGGAUUUGACGUCCAUUGUCAACGAGACGCGCAGUUCAACAGCACUCGACUUUCAUUUCGAGAGUGGCAUGCUGUAUUGGAGUGAUAUCAAUGACAGGCGGAUUUACAAAGCUCCGAUCGAUGAGGGUGAAACUAAAGCGGUUGUGGCUUCGGGCCACGUUGUCAAAGCCGACGGGCUGGCAGUCGACUGGAUCUAUCGCCAUUUGUAUUGGACCGACUCAUCCAAGGAGUCGCUGGUAUCUUCCAUUCAAGUGUCUGACUUGGAAGGUGGAUUCCGAAAGACAUUGCUGACGGAAGGGCUCCAGCAGCCAAGAUCCAUCGCCGUUGAUCCUUUGGAGGGCUGGCUCUAUUGGUCCGACUGGGGCGGAGCCUCACGCAUUGAACGCUCUGGCCUCGACGGCUCUCACAGGCAGGUGCUGAUUGAUUCACACAUCAAGUGGCCCAACGGUAUCACGCUGGAUCGAGUUGAUAGACGACUCUUUUGGGUCGACGCCAAAAUGGAUAUGAUCGGCAGUUGCAACUACGAUGGAUCCAACAGACGCGUGGUGCUUGCCGCCGGUCCGGCCAUUGGCCACCCGUUUGCCGUCACUGUAUUCGAAGAUUGGAUCUACUGGUCGGAUUGGGAUCAUCGAACCAUCAUGCGAGCCAACAAGUUCAAUGGCAAAAAUGCCACUUCAGUCACUCAGACGCAUUCGUCACAGCUGCCCAUGGUAGUGCACGUUUAUCAUUCCUAUCGCCAGCCCGGUGGACCCAAUCAUUGUAUGCCCUUCAACGGCCGUUGCUCCCAUCUAUGCCUGCCAGCCCCUCAGAUCAAUGACCGCUCGGCUAAGAUAUCCUGCGCUUGUCCAGACAACUUUCAGAUGUUGGACGACGGACUUAAUUGCGUUGAAACUCAUUUAUUAGCUCGCAAUGCUUCAACGACAACAUCAACGACAGUUACAGAGUCGAAAACGAUGAACGAUACAUUAUUGACGUCUAUUUCUGAGGAAGCAACUCAUUCCCUGACAAACGACUCUGGAACCAUUACCGGAUUGGUAAUUGGUAGUGUCGUCGCUUUGCUGUUAGUUGUCGCCCUGGUGGGUUUCUUCGUCUACCGACAUGUUGUGCUGCGGAACGCGACGAGUAUGAACUUUGAUAAUCCCGUUUACAGAAAGACGACAGAGGACAAGUUUGCUCUGUCCAAAAACCCGCCGUCGGGGCGGUCUAAGCCGUCAGCACCAGAGGUGGAGCCGCUCAACCAUCCAGGCACCAACGAAUACGUUUGAGAUUAUACGAAAGAUGGGCAGGUUCCUUGAAUCCUUUCGUUUAGCCAAGAGAAGUUUGUAACAAAGGGUGCAAUUACGAAAUGAGUUCCAGCAGAUGGCCAAAGAUGAUGGAUUCUACAAGUAAUUUAGGGGGAAAAACAUUGCUCAUCACAAUUCCUUUGUGUGCGAGUCGACGAGUCGACUCGUCUAUAUAAAGAAAUUUCUUUUUUGUUAUAAACGCCAAGGAGAGAGCCUUUGGGCAGCUCUAUUCCAGUCGACUCAGCAGAUCCCUCCAAAGUAUCAGUCAAGCAUUUACGUAACAUUCUUUCUCUUGUCCGUGUUUUGACGUACAGCAGUUUAUUUUUCCACCUUCCUUCCGUUAGAUACGUGGAAUUUUUUUUUUUCUUUUUUUUUUCACACGUAUUAGUCUGUGAUGUUACCCACAUUUGUCAUUUUGGGUGUUUUUGGCAUUUUCGGCACAGACUUGGUGUGAUCCCCCAUCAGCAUUGUUUAGUUCUGGAAUUGACGUUGUUGCCGUUGUCUCCGUUCCUUCUACGUUUCUGUACCUUCGUGUCCCACUAAUUUCCCCAAUUAUUAUCAUUUUUCGCAGCUAUUCAUAAUCAAAUAUAUCCACCAACUUUGUGACAUUUGUAAAAUAAUAUAUCCAAUGAUCUGAUAUGUUAUCAGUUUAUGUCCCAAAAAUGCAACAUGUUAUUUUAUUUUGUUCCAUUAAAUUAGCACUUCUUUCUCA